AUGUCAAAUCGAAUGAAUAGUUGGGUAUGGAAUUACGCUACAAUUGCUGACGAUAAAAAGAGCGCAACCUGUAAUUUAUGCAAUAAAAGCAUCAGUUAUUCAAAUUCACCUUCAGCCAUCUCCAAUCAUUUAAAAUCGAUUCACAAAAGGAGCCCACUUGAUAUUUCAACUACAGAACCGAGCGAAAACCAUGAUGCAAGCAGCAGCUCAAGUUUGUCAGCUUCUACUUUAUCGUUUACUGAAUCUCAAGAAUAUCACAUCCCGCGAAAGCGACAGAGACGAAAUGAUGGGUCAGGUCUAUGCUCUGCUCAACGUCAAGAGGUUAUAACCGAAGCAACUGCAAAAUUAAUUGCCACUAAUCUUCUUCCCAUCUCUUUAGUCUCAACAUCUGGUUUUAGAGAUUUUAUGGAUGUGUUAGAACCAGGUUACAAAGUGCCUUGCGAAAAGACAAUACUUCGACGGUUAGAAUGCUAUUUUGAGGAAGUUAAGUUGAAAAUUAAAAAAGACUUAAGCAAAGCGCAAAAAGUAUCUUUGACAACUGAUGAGUGGUCAUCAAGGGCACAAAAUAGCUAUCUUUCAGUCGAGGCGCAAUAUCUGGAUGAAAACUGCAAAAUGCAUCAUGCAACGCUUUGUAACGAAGUCCUUUUUGCAAGACCAACUGCUCUCAACAUUUCCAAUGAACUAAAAACCGUUAUCAAGGAUUGGGACUUAGAGAAUAAAGUGGAAGCUAUUGUUCAUGAUAGUGCAUCAGCAAUUAUUGCUGCUUGUAAUCUGCUACCUGAAAUACCGUAUAGUGUAAAAUGUAAUGCCCAUUUACUACAAUUAGUUGUACACGAUUGCUUUGCAGCUGUACCAGAUUAUGAAUCUUUGACAUCUAAAGGACAAGCAGUUGUUUCACAUUUUCGGAGAUCGAAUAUCGCCAGCAAUUCUUUAGCUCAACGCCAAAUUCAAAUGGAUAUGAAGAAGGAAAAAUUGAUUCAAAGUUGUAAUACUCGUUGGGAUUCUAAAUAUUUCAUGUUUGAAAGUUUAGUACAAAACAAAACUCCGAUCUCUGCAGUAUUAGCAGACAGACAAGUAACAAAAAGAGAUGUUACACAAAAGCUAGAAAUUACUGAGAGUAACUGGGUCGACAUGGAGAAAUUAUUGGUUAUGUUAAAAGCCUUUCAAGUGGCAACGACUAUUUUUUGUAGCCAAACAGAUGUUACUAUUUCUGUUGUUCGCCCAGUUAUUCACUCAAUAAUCUCUAAUCAUUUAGCUACAACACCAGAAGAUAAUGCUGUUUCAAAAAAGUUUAAAAAAGAAGCAAACUCUUCGUUAAAACGGCGAUUUCGGUUUGAAGAAAACGACUUUGAAAUAGAUAUUAUGCACAUAUCUCAAUUUUUUGAUCCAAGGCAUAAGUCUUUAUCCUGUGAGAGUGCCGAAAUGAAACAAGAAGUAGUUGAUUACGUCAAAGGACUCUUGAAUGUAGGUGAACCUAUGGAUACGGAAGACACUAAUUCACCGGUUCCAAAAUCAUCUGCCUUUGAUUUUCUUUUUGGAAGUGAAAUACCUGCAAGUAAUUGGCAGAGUCAACUACAAAUGUACAUGGCAGAACCAGAGUUAGGAAGAAAUUUGGAUCCACUACAAUGGUGGAAAAAUCAUUCUGAUAAGUAUUCACUGAUUUUCAAAUUGGCCUUACAGUUUUUAUCAGUUCCAGCAACUUCAGCAGCGUCAGAAAGGACUUUUUCCUCUGCUGGAAAUAUUGUCACUCCGAAUAGAAACUGUCUAGGUCCUAAUAAUGUUAAUUUAUUAACAUUUUUAUACCAAAAUCGACAUUUCAUGGCAGACCGAUAA